GCCGUCUUUGCCGGAGUCAGAGUUGGUGAGGGAUUCGGUCAGGGGUUGACUGAUUGCGUUUCUGUUGGUGGGAUUUGGGUUCUAGUUAGGAGUAAAAGGAAGAUGGUACCGAGUGGGCGACUUCAGUGGGGCACUACGUCUGGCCAAAGACAUCGUGUGCAACUACAGGCGCGUGCACGGUCCGUGCCACUGGAGCACACUUCAGAUGUCAGAACUGUUGUCGCAACUGUACACAGACAUCGCAGUGCAGUACCAGAGCAAGAACGACGACCAGAAGAGGUGGCAGUGGAUGAGAACGCUCUGCGGGCAUGUGGCGACGCCUCAUUCGCAGAACUCGACGGCUCCAUGCUGGACGGCAGCUCACCAGGCGGAGCCGGUGGGGAUGUCUCGGCGCUCAACCUGGACAUCGGCGUCGUAAUGAACGAGGGCGACCACAUCCGCAACCACCUCCAGCUGCUGAAUCUGGCCGUCCCAGCGGUUGGGCGGGUGGCCCAAGGACGUGGGCGAGUACCAGCGCUUGCAGGCGGAUCUGGAGCGGGAGUUCCUCGAGGCGAUGGAGGGGGUCGUCGCAAUCGAGAAGUUGGAGUUGAAGGACUUUGGUAGCGGCAAGGC